AUGCUAGUUGAAAAAACUGAAAUCAGAACUUUUGUUGUUAAUACUAAUCACAACCAAUGGCGCCAACUACAUGCAUCACGUGCUGAUGAAAUUAUUCAACUAAAUGUUGCAUUAAAGCAAAAGGGUAUUAAACAAUUACAAAAAUAUGUUGAUAAUGAACUUAGUAAUCCAGAAUCAACUAAUUACGGUAAUUACUUAACUUUAAAACAAAUUGGAGAAUAUGUUAAACCAAAACCUCAAAUUUAUAAUUUGGUUUAUAAUUGGUUUAAACAAGCCGGUGCUAUUAAUAUUAAUCCAACAAUAAAUAAAGAAUUUCUAACUGUUCAAAUAUCGACUUCGAAUGCUAGUCGAGCAUUUACUGGUACUGGCAUAAACAAAUUUCAUAUUUAUGAACACAAAAAUACAGGUCAUCGUAUACAACGUUUAUCAACAUCUUAUUCUACAGCAAUUUCGAAACAUAUAGAUUUAAUUCAAGGAGAUGGAUCAUCAUCUGUUUUAUUUAAUUUUAUACAUUUUAAACCAUAUACACUUCUUAAUUUAACUGUACAAAGUACUUAUUCGGAUAAAACGGAAUCGGCUAUUGGAUUAUUUCCGGCUUUGUACGCUCCUACAAAUAACGUCUAUCCAUCUACAAUAUGGAAACAGUAUAAUGUACCUAAAGGUAGUCGUGGUACCAAUCCAAAGAAUGGACAGGCUGUUUUUGAAGGCGAAUUACAAUUUAUUUCAAAUAAUGAUACACAAACGUUUUAUAAAGCCGUCCAACAACAACCAGAACAAACCAUAUUCCAUGGUUUAAAUUUACCACCAAAUAAAGUAUUUCAAAUUUCUCCAACACUAGUAGAUCAAGGAGAGGUUGCAUCUAACGGUGCUGGUGUUGAAUCACAAGCGGAUUUAGAAAUAAUCUCAAGUGUUGCACCAGGUGUACAAACUACGGUCUGGUAUGUUUCCGGACCAGGGCCCGCACAACUAGGUGGCCUAAUCCCUUUCAAAUAUGGAGCAUAUCUGUUAGAAUGGGCUAUGGAAGUUGCUAAUACAACUAAACCACCAUUGGUAUAUUCAUUUUCGUAUGGUGAUAAGCACGACCGUGAGGAUUCCAGAUUGU